UGAUUAAUUCUAUACUCCAAUCUAGCUAGAGAGCUCAAGAGCAAGAAACCUGAUUCACAUGACUAAAACUUCUCUCUGAUCCAGUGAUAUUGCCUUGGGUGGUAUCUUGCCCCUGUAUUAACAGAGUGAACACAAAGACUUUCAAAAUCUUUGUGUUUCAAAAACACAAAGGAUUUAAAAAUCCUGCCAACGCAGCUUGAAACCAAGUUAAGGAUUUUCUUUGGGCCACGAGUGAAAGACGUGAAACAAUUUCUUUCCUGAGAUGAUGACCUACCCAAGAGAUUGCUGUAGAAAAUUACCUAUAAUGAAUGAAAAUCACAAAGUGUUAUUGAGGUAAAAUGGAUGCUGCUGGAAAUCUUAUUUAAACUUUGAAAACAUAUCUGGUGCAAAUUCGUGUGAGGAGGAAGAUCUUUCCUUUUGUUUGUUUACUUUCUGACACCACAAGAGGCAUAUGCGAAGGAGCUUGACACUUUAUGUGAUACAAUUGUAGUUAAAAUGGCUUCAUCACAGUCUAAAUUUCAUAUAAUCUCAACCCAAAGUAGACCAUGUGGAUGACAACUUUGCAACUUGCCUUCUCAAGCUCUUAGUGAUGGUUCUUAUUUUUUAUGUAUUCCGGGAGGAAUGUUUUGGAAAUAAGAAAAGAAAAGGAAAUGAUCAACUGAAGGAAAAUGAUCAACUGAAGGAAAAUGAUCAACUUAGGAAGGAAAAUGAUCAACUUAGGAAGGAAAAUGGAAAAUUGCAAAAGGAAAUUGAUGAGAGGAAAGCUCAAUUUAGGAAUGGCUGGCAGAAGUCAUUGUUGUAUCCUGACUGGAGGAAAGAAUUUUUCCAGGCUGUGACUAUUACUCUGGAUCCAGACACAGCCCAUCCUAGCCUCGUCUUGUCAGAAGGGAACAGACGUGUAACCUGGGGAGAGAAGUCUCAAGAUCUACCUGAGAACCCACAGAGAUUUUAUUCCUUUCCUUGUGUGCUGGGUCUUCAGGUCAUCACCUCAGGGAGGUGCUACUGGGAAGUGGAAGUUGGAGACAGUCAAGCCUGGGACCUGGGAAUCUGUAGGUCUCAUGUAAUGAGGAAGGGAGGGAUUUCCAUCAAACCUGAAGGUGGUUUCUGGGCCAUCAGGUCUUAUAAUGAUGAGUACUGGGCACUUACCUCUCCAGAAACACAACUUAUUCCAAAGGAGCAUCCUGCCAGAGUAUGUAUUUUCCUAGAAUAUGAGGAGGGACGUAUUUCAUUUUAUAAUAUGACAGAUAAAUCCCACAUUCACACCUUUUCUCAAGGCUCCUUUGAGGGGCCCUUAAAGCCUUUUUUCAGGCUUUGGCCCAGUGAUUCAGCAUGUUUGACCAUCUGUCCAGUGCUUGAAGCAGCACAGAAUCCCCUGUGCUAGGAGUAUCAUAAAGCUGCAGGUCAGUGUGGAUGGAAGCAUCUGAUCAUGACAUACAUUCUCCUAUACCAGAAGCAAAUUAUUUUUUCUUAUCCCAUAUUGUGGUUCUCCCUAUCAUUUUAUCUUCUUCAUAAAUAGUUCCCCCAAAGCAUGGUGCAGGGUAAAAAACUGUGUUGCUCGUGGCAUGUUUCAAGAAAAAAAAUAUAUAUAUAUACAUAAACAUAUAAAUAGACUCAUAUAAUAUGAUCAUACUAUCAUUGUAAGGAUAUACAAGGAACUAGUGCAUGUGAUUGCCCAUACAGUAUUGUAAUUUCUUAAGAUUCCAACUUUAAAAUGGCAAAGGUAGGAAUGAGGGGAGAAAACCUUUUUAUUUUAUACAAUUUUGUAACUUUGGGUUUUGUACUACAUUUAUAAAGGGAUAUGCAGAAAAAUAAAAUUAAAACUUUCAAAUAAGUAAUUGAAUUGUUCUCAGUUGUACAACUUAGUGACAUUCAGAGGGAAACAUAUUUCCAAGUUUAGCCUUCAGCUUCCUCUGUAUGAACCUCAUCUAUAUUAUAUUUUUACCCUUUUGACCUUUAUUUCCUUAUGAGAUACUGGUUCAUUCCUGCCUUUUCUUACUACUAUUCAUUGCUUGGGAAUGAAUUCAUAGCUCCACAUUUUCUUAACAUACAAGCAUUAAAAAUGAUUUUUUUUGGUACAGUCCUAUGGAUUUUAAUACUUGUAUAGCCACUACUACAUUCAGAAUACACGACUGUUCCAUUAUUUCAAUAGACUGUUUUAUGCUAGGUUUUUGUAGUCAAAAAACUUUCAUUAAUGCCUAACCUGUCAACAAUUGAUCACAUUGGUGUUUCCGUAUUUUUGUAUUUUACCAGAAGCUUUUAUAAAUAGAAUUAUAUUAUAGGUUGUGUUUUGAGAUUGGCUUCUUUCCCUCAGAAUAAGGCUUUUGAUAGUCAACCAAGGUAAUGGAGGCAUUAAUACUUUAUAUUUCUACUGUUUGCUGAGUAGUAUCCCACUGAAUGUACAGCAGUUUGAUCGUUCAGUCACUAAAGAGUAUUUAUGUUGUCUCCUGUUGAGGUGAUUAUGAAUUCAGGUGCUAUAACCACUCAUGUAAACAUUUUGUGGGUAAACAUCAGUUCUCACUUUUCUACAGUAAAUAUCUAAAAGUGAAAUUACUGGGUCAUAGGGUUAGAGUGGUUACAACUUUAUAAGAAACUGCCAAACUCUUCCCAGAGUGGCUGUACCAUUCUUCAUUCCCACUAGAAAUGAUGGGGAGUUCCAGCUGUUCCACGUCCUUACCAGUACCUAGCAUUGUCAGUUUUGCUUUUAUGUUUCACUUUUCUUUUAUUAUUUAAUUUUAUCCACUGUAAUAAGGAUGUGGUGGUUUCCAUUUGGAUCUAUCUAAUGCUUAUAACUUUGAACAUCUUUUCCUGUGCUUAUUUACCAUUUGAGUGUCUUCUGGAGGAAGUGUCGGUUCAAAUCUUUAGUCCAUUUUAUAAACACUAUAAAAGACUUUAAGAGCACUUUAGGUUUAAAGAAAAAAAUGUGCAAAAAAUAGAGAAAGUUGACCUAUGGCCCCUAUUCCCUGCACACAGUUCCACGGAGUAACAGCUUGUAUUAAGUAGUACAUUCAUUGCAAUUGAUGAACCAAGGUCCUGUGCUCCACUUGUACAUUUCAACUCCUCUCCUCUGAACCCCUGGCAACCACUGAUCUUUUUACAGGGUCUAUAGUUCUGUCUUUUCCUCUAUGUCAUAUACUUGAAAUUAUAUAGCAUGGGAGCUUUUUUCAGACAGGCAUAUUACACUUGGAGAAAUGCAUUUAAGUGUCCUUCUUGGUGUUUUGUGGCUUGAUAGUCCAUUUCUUUUAAUUGCUGAAUAACAUUCCAUCAUACCAAUGUUCCACAGUUUGUUUAUCCAUUCUCCUGGUAAAGGAUAUCUUUGUUCCUUUUGAUGUUGGGCAAUUAUGAAUAAAGCUGCUUUAAACACUCA